AAACGACUAUCUACACGAAGACGAUGCUUCCAGAGAACGCUGGGAUGGAGGUGUCUACAGUGAUGAAUUAGAGAAAAUCGAAAAGCAUUGGAGUAAGGACAAGAAGAAGAGCAGUCGAGAAGAAGAAAAGGGUUACCGAAAUAGGGAUAGAGACAGUUCUAAGAGAAACAGCGAUGAGGUCUUGAAAGAAAGGGAGAAAAAAUCCUCGGAAAAGGAUAGAACGUCAAGCAGGGAGAGGAGGAAGGAUGAAAGAGAUGAGCAUGGGAAGGACAGAAGUAAAGAUAGUAAGGUGAGGGAAAAAAGAGAGAGAUUAUGAUAAGGAUAAGUAUAGAGAUAAAGAACAUGAGCGUGAGAGAGAGAAGGAUAGAGGAAAGGAAAAGGACAGGGAGAGGGAUAGGGGAAAGGAUAAAACUAGAGAUAGGGACAGGGAAAAGGACAGAGACAAGGUGAAGGGAAGGGAAAAAGAGAGAGAGAAACUUAAGGAUCGAGAGAAGGUGAGAAGGACAGAGAUCGAGAGAAGGAAAAGGAGAGAAGGAAAAGGAGAGAAGUAAGCAGAAAAAUAGAGAGGAAAAUUAUGAAGGAACCAAAAAUGGAGAGCUAGCAUUAAACUAUGAAGAGAGUAGGGAAAAGGAUGGAGUUGAUUUGAAUGCCGGAAGCAAUUCAGGUGUAGUGCAGGCAUCUUCAUCAGAGAUUGAGGAGCGUAUUGUGAGAAUGAAAGAAGAAAGAUUGCGGAAGAAAUCUGAAGGUAUUUCAGAGAUUUCAGCAUGGGUUAAAAUUGAGGAGAAAAUUAAUGCUGAAAAGGAGAAAGCAUUGCUGCUAUCGAAAAUUUUUGAAGAGCAGGAUAAUUUCGUUCAGGGAGAAGAUGAAGAUGAGGAGGCUGAUAAUCACCCUAUUCAUGAUCUAGCAGGGGUUAAAAUUCUUCAUGGCCUUGACAAGGUGAUGGAUGGUGGUUCUGUUGUCUUAACACUCAAAGAUCAAAGCAUAUUUGCUAAUGGCGACAUUAAUGAAGAUAUUGAUAUGCUUGAAAAUACUGAAAUUGGAGAGCAGAAGCGGCGAGAUGCGGCUUACAAGGCUGCAAAGAAGAAAACCGGGGUUUAUGAGGACAAGUAAGAUUCUGAUCUAUAUAGCUGAUUCUAA